UCACUAGACACGCCCCCUGCUGGUGUUAAUGUCUGAACUGGAUGAAUGAAUCACUGUGAACAUGAUGGCUGCGUUUCAUAUUACAGUUCCUGUAAUCGAGUAAGUCGACAUUUCAUCACUGCAUCUCCUGGGAAAACAAACUUCGCAGAGUUUGUGGGAGCAGCAGAAGUUGAAAUCAGUCCAAGCAACUGGUGACUUGGUCAAAAGUCUUUACAGAAAUAGAACAAGAUGAAAACUUUGCUUCUGUUGCUUCUCUUUUGUCGUGUUUCAUCAACAGUGAAACACUCCCUGAAGUUUUACGUCACUGCCUCCUCUGGAGUCCCAAACCUUCCAGAGUUUAUGAUCGUAGCAGAGGUUGAUGACAUCCAGGUGGUUCACUGUGAUGGCAGCAACAAGAUAUUAGAAACAAGACAGGACUGGAUGAAAAAAUUACUUGAUGACAAUCCUCAACUCUUGACACAAAGCACUCAGGACUGUUUUCAGAUUCUACCUCCCCUCUUCAAAAUUGCACUGAUCAGUGUGAGCCAGCUCUCCAACCACAGUGAAGGUUCAGGUGUUCACAUUUUACAGCUUAUGAUUGGCUGCGAAUUGGAUGAAAAGACUGGAGAGGUCACUGGGUUUUCACGGUAUGGUUAUGAUGGAAAAGACUUCAUUGAACUGGAUCUAAAGACGUUGACGUGGACCGCUCUGAGACCAGAGGCUGAAAUUAUCAAACAGAUAUGGGAUGCAGAGACUCUUACAAUAAAACAGUAUGUGGAAUUCCUCAGAUUUUCCCUGAGAAUCUGAAGUUGAUUUUGAAGUAUGGGAACAACUCUCUGCUGAGAACAGGUAGAGUCACAUGACCUGAUGUAGUUUGGUGAACACUAUACUGUUUAUUGUAUAUUUGUUGUAUUAUCAGUUCAAUGAGUCUGACUCUUCUUCUGAGAAAGAUGAAGAGAUGUUUGACAAGAAAGAACUAAUCACUUCACUUUUUAUUACUCACCAUCAUUGGUUCAA